AUGUCUCUUUCCUUUCCAAAGGACGACAUGAUGGAUGUUGUAGCCACGACUCAGCCCAAUCAUGGCAAGGGAAUUCCAGGCUCUGAUGAAUUAGCGGCGCCAGCACAGCGCCUUCUGAAAGAUAAAAGAGCAAACUAUCACUCUCGGUUACAUAUUGACCACCUCACUACUCUGUUGAGGAUGUUAACCAGGGUCAGACUCUAUGAACCAACGUGGGGUCGGCCAAAUUUGCACUACGGCACUCUUGAAGAACCGAGACCCCAGCAAGACGAGCUGGUGAAUAUACUCACCAAGCAAUCCCAGAUUUCGGAAGGCUUCUUAGUACCGGAUUCUGUUUCUCGAGUCUUUGAUAUUUUGCCAAAUAUGGAGCUACAUUUCCAUCAACUAUGGGCAAUCAUCUUCCAGCCUCCCGUCCCCGAGACGAUGUCGCUAUUCGUGCCUCCAGGAACGCAGUUCCACGGCAAGCCUGAGUUCCAUCGAAAACUCAGGCCCAUCUCAUUCGAAACAACAUACAAAUCGUCAACACAAGAGUCAAUUCCUAACUUGGAUUUGACUCAUCUUAUGAAGGGCCUUGGUGAUAGAGGUAGCGAGCAUCGACCUCAUCUUGUUCUUUUCCUCGGGGACCAAACUCAGAGACAGGGUCACGUUCCGGAUGUUAUAGGUGCUCUUUGUGCCGCAACCCCGAAGGAAGAGAGUGGCCAACAACAAGAUAUUUCGGAGAAAACUGGGAAUUCCAGACCUAGCCACCCGCAGGUCGGGCCUCCACAGCUUCUGUUCCAGCUUCAACCGAAUCUCAGAAUAUUCCGGUUGAAAGAAGCAAAUACCGCCUCUCACUCUUCAUCAAACGGAACGACAAAAGGUCAUGUCCAUGAUAUGGCCGGUAAAUCCUGGAUUGGCGAUUCCAAGGCAUCAGGAAUCGGCUUAGAAAUUGAUCCGACCACAAGCCAAAUGAUGUUCGUACUGAAUCAGGUCAACCAGGAUCGAAACAUAUACAAUGACGUGCUCCAGAUCGACAAGAAUAGCGAGAUCUCGGGUGAGAAAUUGAGUGAAAAUAUUAGGGAAGGUUUUAGGGGCUCUGAGGUUGUCGUCUAUAGAGUUGACGGUGGUGAUGAGUUUGACCCCUGGCUGGCGAAUAAAGAUGGUGUAAUCAGAAGGAUUUAA